AUGAUGAUUUAUGGUGGAACGGGUGGACGGGGAGGAGGUGUUUCUUCCUCCUUGAUGGCUUCACCGAGUACGGCCACGACUACCACUUCCACCACUUCAGGAGCAUCAACGCCAACAUCCAUGAUGGUUGGAUCUGCUUCUGCAACCUUGAAGAUGAUUCCGAAUAUCUCAUCAUCGUCAUCACCAUCAUCGGGUUGUGCAACGAACAACAGCAACAACCCGGAAAAUAAUCCAACAACCACCCAUCUUUCAAAACAGCCAAUCCAACAAUCAUUCGAUCAUUCUUCUUCGAACGAAUCACUUAAUAAUUAUGGAAUAUCAAAUCAAAACAAUGUCACGAACAAAUUAUUGACAAGCACAUCAUCAUCAUCAUCAACAGAGGACUCAAAAGAAUCAACAUCCAGAGAACAAUCUUACUCUAUCUAUUAUAAUAUUGGAUAUCAAUUUAUUGUCCUUCUGGGAGUUGCUUUGGAAAAUAUUUGGCAAUUUGUUGUUUGGAUUUGGAGCUAUUUACAGUGUGCAGUUUUAGGUGCAAGCACACUCCACCAGAAGAACCGAAGCAGAGAACGUUCUAAAAGUGGAGCACAUGCUAGGACGAAUUUAUCAUCCUCUCUCUCCCAUGCCACAUCAAAACAUAAGCAACAACCACAACAACAACAACAACGGGAUUCUCUUUCAUAUAGGCCCACCAAUCCGUCGUCGCCGUCUACCGAAUUGUCACCGACAUCUUCGUCUUCUACUCAACCCUCUCCUUUUGAAUUUCUUUCUCUUCUCACUGGUCGAACUAGCAGAUCAAAUUCUAGUGCAACCUCCAACAACAACUCUUCCAUUCCCAAACCUUAUUUAAUUCUAGACUUGGAUGAGACACUCAUUCAUGCUAGUACCACACCUCCAAGACCAGAUCAUGAGAGACUUUAUAAUUAUGUCCUGGAAGUAAUGAUUGACCAGGUAAAUUGUACAUUCUAUGUUUCGGAAAGACCUCAUUUGAAACUCUUCAUGGAGAAAGUUUGUGAGUGGUACAAUGUUGUGAUAUUUACUGCAAGCGUGAAAAGUUAUGCUAAUCCUGUCAUUGAUAGACUCUAUCACUCGGAUAAAAUUGUCGAUCGACUCUUCAGAUCGUCGUGCUACGUGACAGAGCAUGGAGUUUAUAUCAAAGAUCUUAAAAGCGUCACAGACAAUCUCGCAAAAUGUAUGAUUAUUGAUAACAGCCCUAUAUCCUACAUGUGGUAUCAAGAAAAUGCAAUACCAAUAUCGAAUUGGAUGGGCGAGAACGAACACGAUCGAGCAUUACUUAACUUGCUUCCUUUACUAGAAGCAUUGAGACAUUUGGAGGACGUUAGAAACGUUCUCAAAUUUAGGGUUGAGUUGUAA